AUGGCUCUGCGGAGGGCGUUGGGGAUGUCGGACGGGGAGCUGAUGAGGUCCGACGCGAAGCCCUGCUCGAGGCUGAUGCGGCACACGGCCGGCAUCUUCUCCGUCGGCGGCGCCCUCGGCUUCUGGGUCCUCUGCCGCCUCCACUACGGUAACGCCCCCCUCCCUCUCCUCACAAUCCGAGCCAGGGCUACCUAGGGAUACUAGGGUCGUGUUUCCAGGGCUACCUAGGGAUCAGUCGUGUUGCCAUGCUCGCAAACGCAUCCAGGAUCGUCCUUGUGAUUUUGGAGGGUGAAUUCUCAGGCAUCGUCAUAAUCUGUCAUCUUUGAUCUUCUGGCUGUUGUCUGGUGGUUGAGGGAGGGUACUUGUUUGAAUUCUCAGGUACUUGUUUGAUCUUCUGGCUGUUCCGCAAUAUUUCGGCAUCAGGAGAAUUAAUAAGCUCCCAAUCACCCAGAUUUUUGGAAGGGAAGCAGCUUUUUCUCUCCAGGAAAUAUGGGAAAGUCUAUGAAAUCUCUAUAUUAUCCAGAUUUACAGACAGCUGCUUCUGCAUGAGAUGAGGGGGGGGAGGGAAAUUAAUAAAGUCUCAAAUACGCAGGUUUAGAAUCAGCUGCAUCUUUCCAGCAAAUUUGUGGGUCGGUGCAGCAGGGAAAUCAAAGAAAUCUCCUUCCUUUACCCAGAUUUUAGAAGCUAUGAGUGCCUUGCAGCUGGGUGCCUCUCUUCAUGAGAUGUGUGGUCUACUACUAGCGUGUUGUUGCCUCUCUUCAGGAGAACUUUAGUAUGGUUUCUGAGGGCUGGCUUCAUCGGUGCUUGCGUAACUAUUCUUGCCCCAGCUGGUGUGACCAUGCUCUCUCUCUCUCUCUCUCUCUCUCUCUCUCUCCAUUGCACCAGAUGGCAAAUUUUAUUGAUUCUUUCAUGCGGGGGGCUGUUCUGAGGACCAUCUACUUAACAUCAUCCAUAAUGACCUCAUUUAUUUAUUGGGAAAUGAAGGCCCGAGGAUAACUGUUCCGAGGAGUCUGAGGUGGGCAACAUGCGGCGCUGUCUCCAUGAGCUCGACAUCGGCGCUGCUGGUCCGGCUGUUCAGCCCCGAAUGUGAGCCGCAGAACAUCGCCGCCUUCGACAAACCCAAAUGA